AUGGUGAACAUUACAGAGAAGAUCAAAGAGAUUGAGGAUGAGAUGCGAAGGACGCAGAAGAACAAGGCUACAGAAUAUCAUCUUGGUCUUCUUAAAGGAAAACUCGCCCGUCUCCGUGCUCAACUCCUCGAGCCCAGUCCAGGUGCAGGUAGUGGCGGAGGAAGUGGUUUCGAUGUCUCCAAAUCCGGCGACGCACGCAUUGCCCUCGUUGGCUUCCCCUCAGUUGGAAAGUCCACCUUCCUCUCCAGAGUGACCAAGACAAAGUCUGAAGCUGCAUCCUACUCCUUCACCACGCUCACAGCAAUCCCUGGUGUGCUCGAGUAUGGAGGUGCCGAGAUCCAAGUUCUCGAUUUGCCAGGAAUCAUCGAGGGUGCGGCCGAGGGAAAGGGACGAGGAAGGCAGGUUAUCAGUGCAGCAAAGACAAGUGACUUGAUUUGCAUGAUUCUAGAUGCGACUAAGAAGGCGGAGCAGAGGCGGUUGCUAGAGGCAGAGUUGGAGGCCGUUGGUAUCAGACUGAACAGAGAGCCGCCCAACAUCUACCUCAAGCCCAAAAAAGCAGGUGGCAUGAAGAUAAAUUUCCAAGCGCCACCUAAGCACCUCGACGAGAAAAUGGUCUACAACAUCCUCAAAGACUACAAAAUGCUAAACUGCGAAGUCUUGGUUCGCGACGAGAACGCCACCGUAGACGACUUCAUCGACACCAUCAUGAAAGACCACAGAAAGUACAUCAAAUGCCUCUAUAUCUACAACAAAAUCGACAGCAUCGGCCUACCGCAUCUGGACGAGUUGGCACGCGAACCACACACGGUCGUCAUGUCGUGCGAGCUAGACCUGGGCAUUGAAGACGUCGUGGACCGGUGCUGGCAAGAACUGCGCUUGAUCCGCAUCUACACGAAGCGCAAGGGCAUUGACCCGAGUUUCGACGAGGCACUCAUUGUACGGCAUGGAAGUACGAUUGAGGAUGUGUGUGAUCAGGUUCAUCGUACGCUGAAAGAGACGUUCAAGCAUGCUUUGGUGUGGGGUGCGAGUGCGAGACAUGUGCCCCAGAGAGUGGGACUAGGGCACGUGGUCAGUGAUGAGGAUGUGGUUAGCAUUGUCGCGAAAUGA